AUGAUGCUCGCUUCCUCUCAGCAGCAGACGUCUGGCUCCAACAAACGAGGCUUCCUCGGCGGCCUGAGGCUUAAGUCCUCCCGCAGAACCCGCAGCGAUGCGAUUCCGCCCUCGGUGGAGAACGCAACCGCUCGCUUUGGUACCUCUCGCGAUGAGCAGCACUCGCGCGGCUUCGAUCACGCGGCCGGCUUCGACCACUCCUUCGACAAGCGCUCCAGUGAUGCGCCCACCUUCAGCAGCACUAGCUCUCGCCAGACUCUGACAGAGCUCAACGCAGCGGCUUCGAGCGCAGCACACGCCCAAGAGGCAGCACGUGCAGGGCUCUACGACACAAGGCCGCAUCCUACGGCUGCUUCCAUUGCUAGGAUGCCUCAUAGUGCCAGCCGACCCACGAUGAGCCGCACCCUUGCAUCCGAUAGCGCAGUGCCUUCUACCUCUCUGGCGAUGGCCGACUCUGGCUUCCACGAGAGCAAGAAGGCUGACGCUGCGAAAGGCGUCAACAAGGAUAGCAAGGAUUCAAAGACUCCAAAACCUCCCAGAGGCACCCUCAACUCUGCGCAAAAGCUUGCCUAUCUAGACUGGCGCUUGGAGAACAUUCGAGUGGAGCAGGACAAGCAAGACACAUCCACGAGCUCGCGACGCGCGGGCGGCGCUGGUGAGACAUCAACCAAAGCGCAUAUCGCUGCCGCUGCGAUCGAGCAAACGGAGUAUCUGGACGAUGCUCCAGCCACAGAGACGUCUUUCCCGCCUGGCGUGUCCAUCGCUUCACAGCAACGUUCUAGACGUGCUUCUGCCAAUCUUCUCGAUGGUAUUCCGAUGUCGAUCGACCCACAACGCAAGCCCACCAUUCGCAUUCAAGGAAGGCCAUCAACUGCCGAGGUACUUGGAAGCACGACCGCGAAAGCUCCUGGACAAUUUAGUCGACUCCCAUCUUCUCAGACACAAUCCAGCAUGGCGGGUAGCCAAGUGCCAGGUCUCACGCGCAGUAGAAGCCAACGCGAAACACCGUUGGCUACGCCAAGCAGCUUUAGCGGAACACCUGGCGGUGUGAAGCGGUCUGGAAGCGUGCUUGGCCGGCUCAAUAUCUUUGGCAAAGCACGAACGCCAGCCGAUCCUUCCAUGAACAGCCUCAGUCUGGCCACAUCUCCCAAUUCCGAAUUCUCCAAUGGCGGUGGAUUCUUUGGACAGCAGAACAAGUUUCUGCACGGCGGCGCAUCCGUGUCUCGACACGGCUCCACAGAGGAGGGACAGGAAGUCCUGGCUGAUGGCGUUAGCCCCAAAGCAGAGCAUUUCCCUACACAUGGAGGUUACAUUGCAGAGGAUCAAUCUCGAAGAAUGCUGCGCGAAGCUCCUCCUCGUCCUGUAUCUCGCGCUGGCAGGCCUGUCUCACGAAGCGGCCACCGGGAGUCCGCAAAAGGCGACGUAGGUCGCUGGACGAAGAUUGCCGUCGUCGCCAUGGGAGGAUUUGCACCUCAAUAUGCCUCGGAUGAUGACGACGAGUAG